AACAAUCGAAUCCACUUCAUUUUGAAAGACUGAACUCCGAAUUUCCAUAGAAGGAGAUUGUGAAGGAAAAACAGAUAAAUCGGUCGUCUCCCUUCGCCAUGGCGGCGAGAAAUUCGGUAGUGCAUCUUCUUCGGCCGCGACUACAAUUCUCCGGUGGGAAAUUACAGAUCUGAUUACUAAUUUUCAUAUUUACAUAAUGGUUUUAUUUUCUGCUCAAAUUCUUUCUCUUCCGAGUCAAAUUUGUGUGGUAGAACAUGUAAACAGGGUAGGUAAUCACUCUCCUGUACUAAAGAGUUAUUCUUUAAGAAAACCCACUAGAUUCGUCAGCCAUAGAUGCAUUUCAACUACUGCUACUACCUGUUUAGAUGAGAUUGAAACAGUUAAAAUCCAAGAAGAAAAAGAAGAAGUAGAAGAGAAGCGCAAGUUUCGGUGGGUUGAAAUAGGCAGUGAUAUUUCUGAAGAAGAGAAACUAGCCAUUUCUCAACUUCCUGUAAAGAUGAGUAAUAGAUGUAAAGCUCUUAUGAAACAGCUAAUCUGUUUCUCUAUGGAGAAGAUGAAUCUAUCUCAGUUGGUGGCUGCUUGGGUUAAGAUUAUGAAGCCCAGCAGAGCUGAUUGGCUUACAGUACUUAGACAAUUGGAAAAGAUGAAUCAUCCUCUUCACUUUCAGGUGGCAGAAUUGGCGAUUCAUGAAGAAUCAUUUGAAACCAAUUUACGCGAUUAUACCAAGUUAAUACAUCAUUACGCAAAGGAAAACCGAAUUGAACAAGCAGAAACAGUCCUUGCAGAUAUGAAGAGACGAGGGGUUGUGUUAGAUCAAGUCAUACUAACAUCAUUGGUGCACAUGUAUAGCAAGUCUGGAAAUCUUACUUUAGCCGAAGCUGUCUUUGAAGAAAUGAGGCUUCUCGGUACCCCUCUCGAUAAAAGGUCAUACGGUUCGCUUAUAAUGGCUUAUAUAAGAUUUGGUUUACUCGAAAAAGGAGAGGAUUUACUUAGAGAAUCAGAAGAAGGAGAUAUAUAUGCGGGAAGAGAAGUUUACAAAGCAUUAUUGAGAGCAUAUUCCAUGGCUGGAGAUUUCGAAGGAACCGAGAGAGUUUUUCGUUCGAGUCAACUCGCUGGAAUAGUACCCGAUGCUAAGACAUGUGCCUUAAUCAUAAAUGCGUAUAUGAUCUCGGGUCGAAGUGAAGAGGCCCGUUUGGCCUUUGAAAAUCUUAGACGGGCUGGCCUUGAACCGAAUGAUAAGUGUGUGAAGCUAAUAUUGGCUGCUUAUGAAAAGGAAAACCGGCUUAACAAAGCCUUGGAAUUUUUGAUGAAUUUGGAGAAGGAUGGGAUUGAGAUCGGGUUUGAAGCAUCCGAACUUCUUGUGAGUUGGUUUCGGAGGCUCGGUGUUGUUGAAGAAGUUGAAACUGUUCUUAGACAAUUUGCGACCGACAAAAAUAAGUUCGUGCAGUGAUGUGACUAGUUAUUUUUGUCACUU